AAAUUCAUUCCUAGUCUCUUUUAGAACAGCUUGCCAGCAAACACAGAGAGAGAGAGAGAGAGAGAGAGAGAGAGAGAGAGAUGGUCUCUAGAGAACCCAAGAAAGCAGCAGCCAUGAGCAGGAAGCUGCAGCUGCUUCGAUCAAUCACUAACUCUCAUGCACAAAGCAAAGGCUCAAUUAUAUCAGAUGCAUCCAAAUACAUAGAAGAGCUGAAGCAAAAAGUGGAAAGAUUGAAUCAAGAUAUCAGUACUGCGGCAGCAAGCGAGGUGCAAAUUAAAGUGGAAGAAAUGGAAAAAGGGUUUGUGAUUAAUGUGGCUAGUGAGAAGAGUGAUUGCCACGGCUUGCUUGUGUUCAUAUUGGAAGCCUUUGAAGAGCUAGGACUUGAAGUUUUCCAAGCUAGGGUUUCCUGUUCAUCCGGUUUCCAUCUCCAAGCACUUGGAGGAAAAGACAAUAAUAAUAUUCAAGGAAAAUGCACUGAGGAAGUAGACGCCCAAAUGGUGAAACAAGCAGUGUCGCAAGCAAUUCAAAAUUGGAGUGCAAUUAAUUAGCCAGUAAGAAUAAUCCAAAGCGCUGGGAUAUGUUCUUAUGGUGAACUUGUUUCUUUUUCCCCUCUUCUUUGUCCUUUGCUUUUUAGCCUUUCUUUAACAAAGUUUACGCCAACUGUUGAUGGGGGUGAAGACCUCCUUGCUCUUAUAUAUAAAGCCAAUUGUACUGAACCAGUGACUCUGAUUGCAAAAGUUUUCAAAAGGAAAUAACCCAGAGAUCCAUUAAAAUCGUGCAA